AUGCAUGCGUCUUUACUUCCUCCUCUUCACAUCCCCACGGACUUGUCUUUUGGGCAAUUCUUGCUGAAAUACAAUCCCGAUCAUGUGCCAGCCAACAAGGUAGUCCUUGAAGAUCUGGCAGAGCCCCACGACAAGCUCACUUAUGGCGGCAUUCGCCAUGAGACUGCUCGCCUUGCAGGUGCUUUGCGUCAAGUCUAUGGAAUCCGCCCUGGAGAUGCCGUUGUUCUUUAUGCUGUCAACUCAGUGGCUUGGCUGCGACUUGCUCAUGCAGUCAUGUGGAUGGGAGGCGUCUUGGUUUGCAUCAAUGCCGCAGUCUCGGAACAUGAACUUCCUCAUUAUCUGAAGAUUGCCAAAGCUACACACUGUUUUAGUGAUGCAGGUCUUUGCCCAAAAAUGGAUGCAGCACUCAAAGAGAGCCCUGGUUCAAAAAUGCAAAUACUUGAGCUUGCUGGUACACUGCAAAAACUGAAGGCAAACUCGGCUUCACCCAUCCCACCCAUUGACCUGUCUAAGACGGGUAACAAGAAUACUGUGGCCAUGGUGCUUUUCAGUUCAGGCACGAGCAGUCUUCCAAAGGGUGUGCAACUGAGUCACUUCAACUUGCUUGCUCAGGCUCUGAGUGCGAGAGUAUCAACUCCCGAAACCACUUGCCAGGACGCUCGAGAAGUUUUCUUCCCACCUCUGGCUCACAUGUUUGGUCUUGCCUCGGUCGUUCUGCCAACAGCCGUCUCUGGCAGCUAUGUUAUGCUGAUGCCUGCUUUUACAUACCCUGGAUUCAUCGAAGGCUCAGCGCGUAUCAGAGCCAACGUCAUGAGAACGGUGCCCGCCAUUGCCGUCAUGAUUGCCAAAGACCCAAACAUCUCAAAGUAUGAUUUGAGCUGUGUCAGAUCUCUUAUUUGUGCUGGAGCCACUUUGCAAGAGGAGAUUGUUUCUCGCCUUCAGGACGUUUUUGCCGGUGUUGAGAUUACUCAAGGCUACGGAAUGACCGAAACUUCGGUCACUGUGUUGAGAGGACAUCGAUCAGUCGACAAACGCGGUAGUGUUGGUACUCUCAUGGCAAACUCGCAAAUCAAAAUCGUCGACGACAAGCGCAAUGAAGUACCCACAGGCACAAUGGGAGAACUGCUCAUCAAAAGUCCCAGCGUUUUCUUCAACUACCGCGGCGAUGACAAAGCCACCAAAGACUCUUUCCACGAUGGUUGGUUGUGCACUGGCGAUAUGCUGCGUGUCGAUGAAGAUGGUUUCUUCUGGUUCAUGGAUCGCAAGAAGGAAAUGAUCAAAUACAAAGGGAACCAAAUUCCUCCAGCUCAACUUGAGGAUCUCCUACUCCGCCAUUCCGCAGUUCAAGAAGCCGCAGUCUGCGCAACCUGGGACGCAGAACAACAGACCGAAAUUCCCAUUGGUUACGUAGUCUUGAGCCCCAACAUCAAGAAAGAAGACCACCCAGCCUUGCUGAAGGAGAUUCGUGAGUCCGUGGAUACCAAAGUGUCGGGUUACAAGAAGUUGAGAGGAGGUGUGGUUGCGAUUGAUGCGUUGCCGAAGAACCAUACUGGCAAGCUUGCUCGUAAUGAGUUGCCUGCGCGUAAGGAGAUGUUGAAGAUGAUGGAGGCGAAGCUCAAGCCAAAGGCUAAGUUGUGA